AUGAAGCAUUUCAUGCAUAUAGGCUUCGCGGCCAGCCUGUUAACCGUAUGCUGGGCCUCCUCAAGUUACCAUGGAAUGGGCAACGCCAUGGUCCGUCGAGCAAACGAGUUAACAAGGAAGGGCAAUAACAACCUGACAGUACACGAGAUUGUCGCCAAAUGGGAUCUGGAAAAUCUUACUAUUGCUGCUGUCCGGGAAGCACCUGUUAACUGGCCUCUUCCAAUGCUGAACAAGGACUGGGAUGGGGUCACCCUUGACUUGAACGCCACUGUCGACUUGGGCAUUAGUCUGAUCAAAAAGGCCUCUGAAAACCAGGCACGUGUGAUUGGAUUUCCUGAGGUUUGGUUUCCCGGUUAUCCUAAGGGGAUUCUUAACUCCGAAAAUCCUAAUCCUUGGUUUGAAUACCAUGUCAGGGACUAUAUCGAGAAUUCCCUAGUGAUUGGAAGCGAUAACUGGAAUAAGCUUGUACAAGCGGCGGUCGACAACGAGAUCUAUGUUGGACUGUCCUUCUCCGAAAGGGAUGCCGCCCAUUUGUACAUGGCGCAGGCCUUAAUAUCCCCCGAUGGCGAGAUCCUCAUCCACAGACAUAAGCUUAGACCUUCAGCGCAGGAGAGAGACCUGUGGUCCGACGGCACAGUGGAUCAAAUAUACGCUGUCAGUACUCCCAUCGGUCGAAUUGGCAUGCUUUCCUGUGGCGAGCACACAGCCCCCGAAGCGACCUUCAUCAUGCAAUCCCAGACUGAGGAUAUCCACAUCGGAUCCUGGCCGUGA